UUCAGGCUAAAAGAUCUUGAAGCUUCAAUUCGUUCACAAGUGGCUGCUGAAGAGAGAGCUCAUAAAAUUGUCGAGAAACUUGUUCUUCAGGAUGAAAUCUCAGAGGAAUUUCUUCUACAGUCAGUGAGUUUCAAAAUGUGAUGUUUUAAAUUAACUCUUCCCCUUUCAGAAUAAUUUUUGAAUUUAACAAUAAAUUAACAGAAUUCUGAAAGUUGGACCUUUCACCACUCCCCCUCCCAACUUAUCAGGCAUCUGUGUUCAACAUGUUAAAAAUAUCUAAAAACAAGCAACACUAGCUUUAUUUUCUUUCCUCAUUAGAAACACUGAUUUGGCUGAGUAAUUCACAAUGCAAAAUGUUUAUCAUUAUGACUUAAUAAACUGGGCAACAGGUGAUUUUGUUAGAAGAAAAAGGAAAGAAUAAACUGUUUUUUUGUCUUAUUUUGUUAUUUUGUACCUGCCAACUCUCAUGCAUUAUGCUUGAGUCUUAUGCCUGCAGACCUGAACAAAUCGAUCUCACACAUCAAGGACAAUUUCUCAUGCCUCACUCACAAAUCCAGAUGAAUUUUUCUUUGGAGAUGGGUGUGGCUGAGUGGUUAACACCCCAAACUCCGGAUCUGGAGAUCCAGGGUUCAAGUCUCGCCCGUCGCGUUGUUUCCUCAGGCAAAGAACUUUACUCCACUUUGUCUCUCUUCACCCAUGUGUAUAAAGGGGUACCAGCGACAUACUACUGGGGGGUAACCCUACAAUGGACUAGCAUCCCAUCCAGGGGGGAGUAGCAAUUCCCCUUGUCAUGCUUCAUGCUAAGUAAACCAGGAUAAGCUUUGGCUGUUUGGGCCUUUGGCUCAUGGGCACUUUUUUUACCUGUAAUAAUGAAAGUUCAAUUCACUUCCACGAAAAUGUUCAAAAAAGGCAUUGAAUGAUGACUUUGUGUCCUUACGAAAUUAAAACAUGCUAAAAUUGUUGUCUUUUAAAUAGCUUCAGAAGUGCUCAAAUUUCAUCAGAACAUCUUUGGACAUUUUCGGCAAUGUUCAGCGAUCUUGUCGGAAAUCUUCAGAAGUUGCUGGGACGUUUUCGGAAUCCCGGUCAUGACAAGGCUAAAAACUCACGCAUUUGACUCAGAAAAAGUUGGCAGGAGCAAUGUAUCAUUAUAAAUGUGUGUUAUGUACAUGUAUGUAAAUCUUAUUAAACUUGUUUUCACUGUUUUUGCAGGCUGUAAUUCUCAGGCCAGUUUUCUCCAGAUAUAAUUGCAGCACUGACAGUGCCUCAAAGUAAAUAACCUAAGGUAUUGACUUAAGUUGGAUCCUUGUUGUAGGGCAACUUUAUCACUACCAGCCAUUAUGCAGAUGUGGUCGAAGAAAGAAUGAUAGCCCAAAGAUGUGGUUACCCCUUAUGCAAGAAUCGUCUGAGUAAGGUGAAUGCUGGUACACCCAGGGCUUUCAGUAAGAUUUGA